UCAUUCAAUUAAUCCUAUGCCACAAAAAAAUUCAACAUAACAAAGAACACCCAAAAAAAUUACUAGUAGUAAAUGGAGAAAAUUAAGCAAAACCCACAAAUUUCUUCAUUAAGAAUAGUAUUAACCAUCUUAACCUUUUUAUUAGUAGGUAGUUUAGUAAAGGCUCAAACAAAUGGGCAGGUAACUACACCAUGCACAGCCUCUAUGAUAGCCACCUUCACACCAUGCAUGAACUACAUCACCGGCAGCUCGGCCGGUGAUUCGACUCCGUCGUCAAACUGCUGUGAUGCCUUGAAAUCAGUGAUGAGUAGCAGCAUGGACUGUGGUUGCCUCAUGGUCACUGCUAGUGUUCCCCUGCCUCAAAUUGUUAACAGAACUCUUGCACUUGGACUCCCUAGAAUUUGUAAAACUUCAGGUGUCCCAAUUCAGUGUCAAGCUUCUAGUAGUCCUCUACCUGCUCCAGGUCCCCUGCAGUUUGGACCAAAAUCCCCCGGACCCCCACCUAGCUCGGCAUUUAGUCCCAAAGCUUCUGGGAGUCCUCUACUAGCUCCAGCACCCCUGCAGAUUGGAGCAACUCCCUCAGUACCACCACCUAACUCGGGUCUUAGUCCCCAAGCAUCCAAAGCAACAGCGUUUACACCAGCAUCGGAACCAACAGCCACGGGACUACCACCGGUGGUGUCACCGUCAUCAGUGGAAGUCGAGGCACCGUCGAGGACUCCUAGGGUUCGACCGGUGUUGACACCAUCAGUCUCAAGUGCAUCCAUGAUCUCUUCACCUACUACUAUUUGUGCAUUUCUCAUAAUGUACAUGCUGUUGAAGUUGUAACAUUUCAUGUUAUGUAACAAAUUAAAGAUCGUGGUCAAGUCUCCCUUGUAUGCUGUAUUUUGUUCAAAGCUUUAAUGAGUUUGUUUGCUAGCUACUAGUACAAUUUUCCUAAUACAAUCAUUGUAAGUGGAUGAUAAUCAAUUGUUCUCGUCUAUUAUGACA